CCUCGGUGGCAUUGGGAGCUUUGCAGAAGUUUUCCAAGUAAUAACUUCAUCAAGAUGUCCAGUGAAGGGCAAAGGUCCGAUGAUGAGAGCCCCAGCACCAGCAGUGGUAGUUCAGAUGCAGACCAGCGGGACCCAGCCGCUCCAGAGCCUGAAGAACAAGAAGAAAGAAAACCUUCUGCCACCCAGCAGAAGAAAAACACCAAACUCUCUAGCAAAACGACUGCUAAGUUAUCCACUGGUGCUAAAAGAAUUCAGAAGGAGCCAGCUGAAAUAACCCUUGAUCCUCCUCCUAACUGCAGUGCUGGGCCUACAGGAGAUGACAUUUAUGAGUGGAGAUCAACUAUACUUGGUCCACCAGGUUCUGUACAUGAAGGUGGUGUGUUUUUUCUGGAUAUCACAUUUUCAUCCGAUUAUCCAUUUAAGCCACCAAAGGUUACUUUUCGCACCAGAAUCUAUCCCUGCAACAUCAACAGUCAGGGAGUCAUCUGUCUGGACAUCCUUAAAGACAACUGGAGUCCUGCUUUGACGAUUUCAAAGGUUUUGCUGUCGAUUUGUUCUCUUUUGACAGACUGCAACCCUGCGGAUCCUCUGGUUGGAAGCAUAGCCACUCAGAAUUUGACCAACAGAGCAGAACAUGACAGGAUAGCCAGACAGUGGACCAAGAGAUACGCGACAUAAUUCACAUAAUCUGCAUGCAGUGUGAAGGAGCAGAAGGCAUCUUCUCACUGUGCUGCAAAUCUUUACAGCCUUUACAAUACGGACUUCUGUGUAUAUGUUAUACUGAUUCUACUCUCUGCUUUUAUCCUUUGGAGACUGG